CUCCUCCUCUGUGCUGCUUCUCCGUCCAUCGAGCCACCGUCCCGAACCACACGAAAGAAAAGGGGGAAAAAAAAAAAACUUCCCAGACUUCCUGAAAAUCCUCCGCGCAGGGAGGGUGAGGGAAACCGACGGUGGCGGACGAGGAGAAAUGAACCGUAAAGUAUGGUCCCGAUGAGCGAGCAGGCGGACGCACCUCUGACCCCGCUGUCCGCCCCAGAUCAACUUCCCUGCAAAGAGUCUCGGGGGAAAAGCUUGACGUCCUCAGAGGGGAACAAUGAGGAGGAGAGGAGGCAGAAGAGGCGUGGACUGGCACCGGCAGACCUCCAGCUGCUGCUGGACUCCGAGUCAGAGCCGUCAGAGAGCAGGAAGAAACCAGCCAGCAUCAGCAGACAGAAACCCGUGGAGCCGCCGUCACCAAUGCUGAGCCUGAGCGACUUUGAAACCAAGUUUGACCGGAAGAAAUCCCAGACCAACCAGUUGUCAAAGACGAACGCGCAUUACCACAAGUUAUUCAAGGCGGUCAGCAAAGAUGAGCUGCUCAAACAGAGUUACACCUGCGCCCUGCAGAGAGACAUGUUGUAUCAGGGCAAAAUGUUCGUCUCGCAAAACUGGAUCUGCUUCCACUCCAAAGUCUUUGGCAAAGAUAUCAAGAUUUCCAUCCCAGUGAUGUCGGUGAAACUUAUAAAAAAAACUAAGACUGCGUUAUUGGUGCCAAACGCUCUUGUAAUUGGAACUACAGACAUAGAUCAUGUCUUUGUAUCGUUUCUCUCUCGAAACAACACCUUUAAAUUUCUGAAAUCCAUCUGCCCUCAUCUGGAGGUGGAUAAGAUAAGUAGCAGCCCUGUAGCUUCCUCCUGUGAAAACAGCUUCAGAGCUAGUUGCCCCACGUCGCUUCCUCUGGACUUUACUGGAGACUUCUCCGACCUGGAUGGAGUUGUGCACCAGAGGCGGCAGGACAUGAUGGAGAGCAGCAGCUCUGGGUCGCAGACUCCAGAUUAUGAUAAAAUAAGCGACUUCAGCAGCCUCCCAGACACAUUUCUGAGUGCAGCAAAGACCAGAGAGGUUUCGGUCCACGCAGACAUUCACCUCCAGAACCCGAGCCAAAAGCACGGAGCCGCGCUCAAAAAUGGCCAAAGCAAGCCGCCACAUGGACUUACACCAAAAGACUCGUCCUCGCAGCCAAAGUCCUUACACGUCAUCCUCUUCAUCUAUCUGUUUUUAGUCAGCGUUCUUGUCUUGUCCUCUUGUUACAUGGCCUUCAAGAUUGUGGCUCUUGAGCACCGCCUGAACUCCUUGCUGUCGAUGGGGGAACUCGUUGAUAACGAAAAUGCUGGGAGCCAGAGGUCGCAGGUCGAAGUGAACGCGGAGAUCUACGGGGAGCUUUCCACUAACCUGUUCAAGUUAGAGAAGAUUCAAAGGAACCUCAGGAAGCUCCUGGAGGAGACUUAAAGGAAGACCUGCGUAGGUGUUUCUGUCCAGACGGAGGCUUGGCUGGUAAUUGGAGAGGUGGUGGGAGCUUUGCGGCACAUUUGGUGGCUCAGUUGCCAAAGCCUGGACAGCUCACACGCCGAGAGCUCGGUCUUAAAAAGCUGUGUGAACAUUUGCUGUGCAAUAAUAGCCUCUCUCUGUGUUUCCCUCAGGACUUUUCUGUCUCUCGUUUCAAACAAAGCAGUGCUGCAGCUUCACGGCAGCAUAUUUUAUGUACUGUAUUUUAGCUUGCAAUGUCAUGAUGGUAGUUUUUUUGUUUUUUUUAACACACUCUCACACUUAUUUAUCUACGUAUAUAAGUAUGACCAUGAAGGUUAGGUUCAAAAGUGCAAUUGUCAGUGUUUGAAAACGUUCCUUAAUAGGUCAAAGGUCAAAUAGUGCUCUCUUUCUCUUAGAAGUGAAAUGCCAAUAGAUUCUGUUUACGUCCCGCGUAUAAAUCACUCAGCUGGAGAUGUUUGCACAAUAUAGCCAAGUACUUUCUUAUGGUGAAGAAAAAGUCCACAGUGCUUUUGUAAAUAGUUGCUCUAACUCACGUGAGUGGUAUGUUUAGAAACAAAAUAAAAAGAUAAUAAUGACAUUAUAUUAGGUCUAUUUAUCAUAGAUGUUUCGCUAGAAGAGUUGACUUACUUUGAUAAUCAGAUGCUUUGAUUUUGUAAUCGGAUAAAUUAUGUUCACAAGAAUAAACUUUCUUCCUCAAACUUUCGUUUCACUAAAACUUGAAGACCGUUGUUUAGACCGCAGACCUUUUGCGUUCAUUUUGCAGUGCUGGUAUCAGUUUUCUAGAUUAUUGGGUUCCCCCUCCUCCCCCUUUCCACAAUCAGCUGAACUUUUGCCUCAACAGGAUCGUUUCUCGGGUUACAUUAGGUUGGUGACAGUCGGCAGACGGCGGUCAAAUGAACGCACGUGCACGCGGAGUAUCCCGAUAACAGGACUGUUUGGUCGAAUGCCCGCUGGUAAUUCAACAUGUAAAGUAUGUCUUUUUAAAAGAUUUGAUGGAACUAGAAAAAAAAGUAAAGAUAUCAAUUAGAUCAUGUAUUGCCUGAAUCAGUGGCGGAGGCAUAAUCCAAUUCCAGGCUAGGAUGUUGAGCUAAUUAAGGAAAAUUUUAAAUGGUUGCAAGUACCACACUGUGGAGAAACUUAGAGAGUGCAGCAGGACGUUAAAAGUGACUCCUACAGUGGCGAUACUGGUGGUGUGAGAGGUGAAAAGGAAUCCAAGGGUCACCACCACCAAGGCAAUCCUAAAGAAUGUAGGCCAAGCAGAUAGCAACAUUUCACAGUUCAGCAAACACUGCUGGGUGCAAGUCAUAGAGGAAGGCUGUUUCGUGGUCAAAUGAAACAAAACAGAUUUUUUGUUAGGCCACAAUAAUGUAGACUUCAGUUAGUUUUAAAAAAAGAGAGAAACAUACAACGUCAAGAUCAUCCUCUCCAUAGGCCUGCUUGGUGGUAAGAACAUAACGGUUUGGUGUCUUUUUUAGCCACUGGGACAGGGAGUCUAGUCAAAGUUACUGGUAUUAGGAAAAGAAGAACACUAAACCAACAACAUCAGGUAGUCUGGAGGGAAACUUCAUCCUGAGCAACAUUAGACAUGGCGUGGCUAACGUGGUGAAGAAGUGUUUAGUUUCUUUAAAUAAUGUUUUUAAGUGUCUCAGCUGGACUUGAAUCUUUAGCCAAUCUGUGGACAGAGCUAAAGAUGAGCUAAAAAUCCAUUUGCCAAUGGAGACAAUUGUUUGGUUUCUUCAACAGUCAGUAGUUUUUUUUUUUAUUAAUAAUUGAGAAGCAGAAGAAUAAUUCUGCAUAUUUGAACAAUUUUAAUUCUAAAUUUUAAAAAGCAGAUUUUUAAUUUUUUAAAAAUAUUGUCUAUAUUAUCUGAUAGAAUAUCUGUGAAGCAGGUGAAAGGUAAAAGGUAAGAGUUCAAAACUGAUCAUAAAUCCUCAAAAUAUCAGUGGAAAUAUGCAAAAGGCUCACCAGCAAUUAUUAGAAGAGUUGUAAAAAAAUUUCCCAUUGACUACAGUGAAAGCUGUAAAUAUUUCUAACUUGCAAUUUUGAUGGAAAUAAAAACGAUAUAUGUAUAUAUUUUUUUUUUUUAUAAAAUUGAUCCAACCUUU